AUGGGGGGCCCCGAACGGCCCCUGAAACACGGGUUCAAGAGGAGGAGGAAAAGACGUUGUCAAGGCCAUGGAACCGAGAACCAGAACCAUGACGACCAACAGAGGCACCGUCCGACAGCUUCCUGCGCCGCCGCCCCCAGAACCCAGCAGACCGCCGUGUGGAGGAGUCAGCCGGCGCCGGUCCGAGGGGACCAGGUCCUCAACGCGAGACGGCCCAGCGUCAGGCGAGCCUCCUGGGCCGUGAGCCAGAAGAGUGCCCUGGUUCAGCUCCACGAGCUCCAGCCGGGCCUGCAGUACCAGACGCUGUCCCGGACCGGCCCGGGCCACGCCCCGCUGUUCUCCGUCGGCGUGGAGGUCCACGGGCGCUGCUUCGAGGGCCGGGGCUCCACCAAGCGACAGGCCAAGAGGAGGGCGGCCGAGUCGGCUCUCGGCUCCUUCAUCCAGCUCCCCAACGCCCCCCAGGCCCAGGCCACCCUGGCCCGCUCCUCCCCCGGCCCCGUGGACUUCACGGCUGACAGGGUGGACGCCGCCGGGGCUCUCCUGGUCCGGUUCGACCCUCCAGGGGCCGAGCCCGGUGACGGGCCCCUGCCCGGGUCCAGCAGCAGCAGACGGGCCGGCCGGCUGACCCUGGGUCAGCUCUGCUCUGAGAAUCCCAAAGUCCAGGAGCACCUUCCCAGAUGUCCCCCGGAGCCGCCCGGUCCGGUGGACCUGCUGGCCCGGCGCCACCCGGGGCUCCGGUGGGCGUGCCUCGUGGAGCGGGGGCAUGGCAGCGCGGUCGGGGGGUUCCUGACGGUGCUCUGGGUGGAGGGGAGGGUCUUUGAGGGCCGCGGUCGCAGCAGACGACUGGCCAAGACCCGGGCGGCAGCGACGGCCCUGCAGGCACUCUACAGCGUUACCAUGGAGACGGAGAGAAAGCUGCUCGGCAUCACCUCCUGUAACGCUGCCACCCAGUUACCUCAGAGAGGUCCUUCACUGACCUCGCUGCCUGCUGUUCUCCAGCUCUUCUCAGAGGCCGUGUUCGACCUGGUGAGAGAGAAGUUCGCCGAGCUGACCCACAGCUGGGGCUCUACCUCGCACGCCCGCCACAAGGGCCUGGCCGGGGUGGUGAUGACCCGAGGGUUCUCCCUGCGGGGGGCCCAGGUGGUGGCCCUUGGCUCCGGGACCAGGUGUUUGUCUGGGGGGGCCCAGAGGGACCAGGGCUGGGCGGUCAACGACUGCCACGCCGAGGUCAUGGCCCGGCGGGCACUGGUCGGGUUCCUCUACACCCAGCUGGAGCUGUUCCUCCUGGGCCCGCGAGCGGAGGCCGUGGAGCGGGCGGAGGACUCGGUAUUCAGAGAGGGUCCGGGCGGGGUCUUCAGGCUGAAAGAGGGCCUCCUCUUCCACAUGUUCGUCAGCUCCUCGCCCUGUGGAGACGCUCGCCUCCACUGCCCCUACGGGACGGCCGCCAUGAGUAAGGAACACCCCGACACCUGCUACCUCCAUGGCAACAAACCGGCACAGAGAUUCCACUGUCGCCUCCGCAUGAAGACUGCAGGAGGAGAGGGAACACUUCCUUCACCGGGUCAACCUCUCAUCACCAUGUCCUGCACCGACAAAAUAGCCAGGUGGAGUGUGCUGGGCCUGCAGGGUGCACUGCUGUCCCAGCUGGUGGAGCCGGUAUACCUUUUCAGUCUGACGGUUGGGGGGCUCGGUCACACCGGACACCUGGCCCGGACCCUAGCCCGCCGCACGGCUCACCUCCGACACUUGGCCCUGCCCUACCGCCGGACCCUGCCGCGCCCAGGCUGUGUGUCCGGCAGCGAGCCCCGCCCAGGGGGGCGGUCCCCCGACCUCAGCCUCAACUGGACCCUGGGGGCCGGGGGACCGGAGGAGCUCAGCACCUCCUCGGGCCAGAGGUCCGGUGGCGGGGGGGCGUCCCGCCUCUGCCGCCGUUCGCUGUUCGCCCGAUGGCGGCGUCUCCAGCAACAGCUGAAGGGAGAGUCGUGGUCUGAGGACUCGUCGUCAUCGAUGACCUAUUCCGGCUCCAAGAUGGAGGCCGGCCGGUACCAGAGCGCGCGGCGGCGGUUCGACGCGGCUCUGCGCGCCGACGGGCUCGGACCCUGGCCAGGGAAACCCCCCGAGCUCAGCGGGUUCUCCGUCGGCGUGUGA